UCGAAAACGGAAGUAGGGGUCGUGGCGCACCAAAUCAUGGGGCUCCUGCGUCGGAGUCCGCUGGAGAGCGCGCUGGAGACGGACCCGGGGGGCGGCGGUCGCUGGGGCGGUUUUGGUCUGGGUUCCGACCCGGAAUGGGAGCUGGUCUGGGCUGCGGGCGAGCCGCUGGUGUGGGUGUGUCUGUGCCCGCGCAGGGAGCCAUGGAGAACUAUUUGGCAAUAGCGGCGCUGAACGGAAUGGACCGGCGUUCCCUGCAGCGCUCGGCCAGGCUGGGUCAAGAAGUACUGGAGCGGGCCAAGAGGAGAGCGGUGGACUGGCGUUCGCUGGAGCUGCCCGUGGGCGGCGUGGGUGCCUUUUCCGGGGGGAGACCUUCCUACGAAGAAAGACGUCCCGCAACUUAUCCCCAGCACCUUUUUCCAGGAGAGAGAGAAGAAAGAUACCCAACUCUCAGUGCUUCCUUCAGAAUAAUGGCUGAAUUCAUGGACUAUACCUCAAGUCAGUGUGGGAAAUAUUAUUCAUCUGUGCCAGAGGAAGGAGGGGCAACUCACGUCUCACGUUAUCACAGAAGGAAGUCAGAGCUGCACUGGUGCCCUGACGUAGGGAAUGAUCAGAGAAAAGACACAUCCCUUGGAGUUGGAAGCAACUAUCAAAUAUCAGAGUAUGCUCUGGAGGCAUCCAAGCCUGCUGAGCCUAUCUCCAAGGACCUCUACAUAGAAGUAUAUCCGGGUACCUACUCGGUCACUGUGAGCGGAAAGGACUUAACCAAGAAGACUCACGUGGUAGCAGUUGAUUCGGGACAGAGUGUGGACUUGGUCUUCCCAGUGUGAUGUUGACAUCACAGUGGUUGCAUCACUUUUUUUAAGUAGCAAGAAGAAUAAAGCCACCAUAUGAUUCUAUUGUUAACUUACACAUUCAUCCUGCUUUUAGUGCUGAUUGUUGUCAGCCAGCCUUCCUGGGAACUGGAGCUAGUCUCCUUCAGUGCCUAUUUUAACCUGAAAGGAUAGCAGUCCCCUACCCUCCAGUAAUUAUGUAAUUAUUUAAUAAUGCUGUCUGAUCAGUUUUUGCUGCUUGUUUCCCAAAUAAAGGUUAAUUAUUGAUAAUAAAAGGAGAGACU